AUGUCAAUAGAUGUCAAAGAAAAAUACUAUUUAUUACGGAAGUACUCCCACUACCUAAAAACCGAGCUAAAGGCGUUUACUGGGAAAAAGGUGACCAAGGGAAGUUCAGUGGAAAAUAAACUUCGAGUCUAUAGGAAACUCAGGAAAUUAAUCCACUACGUUGAUGACGAGCUAAAAGGUAAAGUUGAGCAAGAAAAGAAGAUAAUCAAACAGGUUGACAAUUAUUAUGAGUAUCUUGAAUCUAAAAUCAGCAAAAGUCUCAAUGGACAAACAGAGCUGUCAACGUCAACCAGAGGGAAAACUAAACAAGUUUCUCAUCAUGAACAACCACCUGGAAACAAACAGGUGAACCAAGAAUCCAUUGAAACUGAUGAGGAUGAUGAAGAAAUCACAGAAGUUGGGCCUACGCCUCAACUCAAUGGGAGAGUAUUAACAAUAUUUGACAUACAAACAUCGCCGGAAAAAAUCGAAAUGUCUCCAAUGAAAGGUGUCCCAAAGUUAAACCUUGGGAUACAAUUGGAAGCACCUCAGGAAGUAGAAAUGUUUAAGACUCCAACGAAACCUGUGAAAACUCUUGACCUUGGCUUUGGGUCUUCCUCCAGAAAACUCACAUUCGAUAAGAUUGAUAUAGCCGAUGAUGACCUUGUAAAGGAUACGGUACCGGCUAAAUCGAAUAUGCAACCAAUUCAUGAAACGCCAAAGUACUUGAAAACUCAAUCCACCAAACUAAACCAUUUUGACUAUGUGAUGAUUGAUGAUAAUUGGAGUGAAGAUGAGUUUGACGAUGGUUUCACUGACACAAUGGCCCCUUUAGGCCGGGGGAAUGACGACAAGCACGAGAAUGAUACACCCAAAAAACAUUUUUUAGAACUCAGCUUCUCUGAUUCGGAGCUAUCAACAUUGAGUUACAUAGAACCAAGUCCUAUAAUUAAGAGAACAAGUGGACGUUCUUUGUUUGAAUUACAUAAAGAUGUGGUUAAUCUCAAACGUAAUUUGACCGACCUACAGGAGCUUGCUGGUUUGGAAUCGGAUCAUAAUGAGCUAAAUAAACAAGAUGAACCAGUCUUACAAACUGUGGGGUAUGAUGAAUAUAAACUAGAUGAAAAACCCAAAGAAGCUGAUGAAGCAGAUCAGAAUUUGGUUUCAGGUGAAAGUACACAUGUAAGCAGUCCAACAAAAGAUAACACCUUAUUUAGGGAAAACAUAGUUAACGUAUUCGAUCCACACUACAAACUAAGGAAUAAAAUUAAAACUAUCAAAAGAUCCACCAGAAGGGCAAAGUUACAUAGUGAUAAAAUAAGCAUACACGAUGAUCUUGAAGAGAUAGACAUCCAUGCACUUGCAUUUGGAAAGCGUAAGUUAAACUUUGAUGAGGGUCAAAGCUGCGACAGUGCAAAGGAUCAUUCUAAAUCAGAAACACCACAUAAAAGAAGUUCUGAUAUAUAUACUUCCGACGAAGACGACGAACUUUAUGAAAGAAAAGACAUUGCUCAACUGGAGAAAGAGUUAGAGGUGAAAAAUAAAGGGAAAGGAUUUAAGGGUAAGCACCCAUUAUCUAAUAAUUUUGUCCGUCUUAAAAUUAAUAGAGGCAGACGUGGAAACAGUCGUUUUAAACGUAGGCGUUAA